GUAAUGUGGAAUGUAUUCAAUUACAUAUUUUUGUUAUCCAAUUUUGUUAGUUCUUUUUUUCUCAUACAUUAUGUUUAUUUUAAAGGUUUUUGUUUUUUAUACUGUUUUUUGUUUGGGUCAUUUACUCCAGUACGUUUCUUUUUAUAAGAUUUAUUAUAUUUAAGUAUAAAAACCAUUAUUUCACACUAUAUCAUAUAUUUUUGAUGUUGGUUUAUAUAUAUUUAUUUAUAUUGUAUUUUUGAAAUACCAAUUUAUGGUUUUUGUUAUAAAGAAUACAUUUUUAAAGCAUUCACAACACUUUUGUCAAUCUAUGCAACGAGAUACAAAAGCUAAAUAUACCAGACAAGUGUGUUGAUUUGAUAAAGUGUCCAAGCAAGCGGAUUAGCUUGACUACAGAAGAUAAGGCGGACAUUGCUAGCUUUUGGAGUAUACACUCCACUUUAAUGCUAUCAAUUAAUUCUUCUCUCCCUCUCUUGACUUAUUUAUUUAUUUUACCCUUUCCUUUUAGUGGAAUAUAACACAAGCCAAUAAAAUACCAGCACUGAUUUUAUUCCCUCUAUGAUGGAGUGCAAUUUAUAUGCAGAGAAAGACAGAUACUUAACGAAAUAUUAUGCAGAUUCCAGUGAUGAAGACGAAAAUGGCAACGGUUUUAAAAGAUAUAAAUUAUUCAAACUGAAGAAACAAGCUGUUAAAAGAGUUAAAAGUCCAAGAAAACAAAAUACCAUUAAAGAUGCAGAUGAAUUUGCUGUGCAGAAGCCAUCAUUGACCGUUGAACCAACUUCUCCCAAGACCACAUUUAUUCUUGAUGGUGAUUUUAUGGUUCCUGCAUCAAUAAACCAAUACCUGAGAGAGUAUCAGAGAGACGGUGUUAUGUUUCUAUGGCAACAUUUCAAAGAAAACAAUGGAUGUAUUCUUGCUGAUGAUAUGGGACUGGGGAAGACAAUUCAGGUCAUCUCUUUGUUUGCAGCUGUGUUAAAGAAAACUGGUUAUAAGGAAGCGGACUCAAAGAAGAUGCCAAACUAUAUAUUUCUGGUUGUUGCACCUACUUCAGUGUUAUAUAACUGGUUAGACGAGUUAAGCACAUGGGGGUAUUUCAAAACGGGUAAAUUUCACAGAAAGAGUAAAGAUGAAGUUAUUGAUCUGGUUGAGCAAGGCAAACUUGAAGUUGUGUUAACUACGCACGAAACGAUGAGAAUCUAUAUCGAAACACUUUGCAUGAUAAAAUGGUCAGCAGUGAUAUUCGAUGAAGCACAUCGUAUAAAAGAAACAACGGCACUUGUAACUAAGGCGGCGAAACAGCUGAAUACGUCGUGUCGAAUCGGUCUCACCGGAACGCCACUGCAGAAUAGUUUGAAAGAAUUUUGGUGUUUGUUAGAUUGGGCCAAUCCAGGUUGUCUUGGUACGUUGGAUGAAUUCGAUGAAAAAUUUGCACGCACAAUAAAUUUGGGUCAACGUUUUAAUGCUACGAAACGAGAACUGGCAACUGCUAGAAAAAGACAGCAAGAAUUAGUCUUGCUUCACAACCAGUGGUUAAUGAGACGGACGAAAGAUAUGAUCCAAGAUCAAUUACCCGCCAAAGAUGAGAAGAUUGUAUUUUGUUCGUUGUCUGAUCUUCAAGUUUCAAUAUACGAAGCUGUGUUGAAGUUACCGAAAGUUAAAAUGUUGUUAGGGAUCGAUGAAGUAUGUCGAUGUGAAAGUGGAUUACAAGCUAGACAAUGUUGUUUAAAGUAUUUCGAAAAACGAAAAGAAAUGUUUAGGCACUUGCAGUUGUUGUUAAAAAUUUCAAAUCAUGCGGCGUUGUUACUUCCUCAUCAUAAUCAAAGUGAAACACAAAAGAGUUUGUCUAAGCAACUUUGUGAAGAAUUCUUCAAAGACUUUCCCAUUUUGGAAAAUUUGUACAAGAAUCCGAACUUUGCGGGGAUGUCUGAUCCUGUGUUUUGUGGCAAGAUGAGUGUUUUACAGAAGUUGUUGAACGUGUUGCAGAAGACGAGAGAUAAAAUACUACUGUUUUCUCACUCUACCACACUUUUAGACAUUCUGGAAGCAUAUGUUAUGAGUAGGGGAUUUAUUUACAGAAGAUUGGACGGAAAAACACAUGCCGCUGAACGUGUUGUGAUCAUGAAAGAAUUUAACAGUGAUCCUACCAUAUUUAUUUGUCUUCUAUCGACAACUGCCGGCUCACUUGGUUUAAAUUUUACUGGAGCAAGCUUUGUUAUUAUAUUCGACCCGAUGUGGAAUCCAACACACGACCAACAAGCACAGGAUCGUGCCUAUCGUAUCGGACAACAGCGGGAUGUGCGUGUUUAUCGGUUUAUAUCGGUUGGAACGAUUGAGGAAAAUAUGUAUCUAAGACAAAUAUAUAAACAGCAAUUAGCCAACACGGCUAUUGAAACGUCGACCGAGAGAAGAUAUUUCGAGGGUGUGGCAGGAGACAAGAGAUACCAUGGAGAACUGUUUGGACUUGUCAACAUGUUCAAGUUCAGUAAAAAUCACAACAGCAGUUUUGCGCAGGAUACGUUCAAUAAAGUCAAACAUAUUGAGAAUGGUGUCGUAGUAGCAAAGUAUGAACAUGUAAAACCAAAGAACAACGAAAGAGUUGAUGAGACGGCUACAUGUGCUGAUAAUUUCGAACUGCAAGCAUCUCAGUGUAUUGAAGAUGUGGCUGAUGACGAUGUUGUCUUGCUUAACCCACCUUUAGUGUGUUAUAACAUGGAGUCAUGCCCGGAUAAGAAAGACGACGAUAAGACUUUUGUUAAAUCGAAAAGUCAGCAUUUGUACACAAAUAUUCUUGACAGGUGUGGAGGAGUAUCUUUCGUUCACUCAACAAAGUCAGUUGUUGGAAGCAGUAAGAGAGAAGGAGAAAUAUCAAAACGUGCCGUGCAUGACGUCUUCUGGAAUGAUGUUCAUUCUCAACAGUUGGCCAAUGAUGAGCAGGAUAUAGAAGAAAGUGACGAGAGUCAAAACAUCCACUCACAAGCGUCUCUACACAACCAACAAGAUGCUCCAAACACGACGAAACAACCUGUGACGUCAUCAGGUAUUUUUGAAAGGGUCGGCACUGAUAUGUUCAUUAUAGGCUCCACUCCUCCUGCCAUACAAAAGAUGCAAUUUAAUCAAAUGGCGCAAGAACACGGUUUCAACUCUGUGAAGGAGUUUGCUUCACAUGUUUUGAAUUCGGAUAGUAGAGAGUGGAAAAAGAUGUUAAUGGCAUUUUACGUAAAAAGAAACCCGGAAGUGAAAUCGGUCUCCUCCUUUGAUCAAAUAUUUGACCACAGCAAGAAGAAACUUCAGCCAACCCUUGUUGAGAGAAAAAGAAAACCUUUUGCUAAGAGGGCUACGAGUUUGGUCAGCGACAAAAGUAAAAAACGCAGAAAUAGCAAAAAAUCACUGAAAGUCAAUUUCAAUGCAAAAUAUAUGCGCGAUUUGAAUGUUUCUGAUGAUGAAAUAUGUGAGAGUGAUUCUGAUGAUCAACUAAGUAAAAAAAAAUGGUUGUUUAUUGGCAAAGUAGCAACGUCCACUCCAAAGAUGAAAUUUAAAGUGGUUGAAAAGGAGAAUGAGAGGAAAAACCUGGAAACUAUGGAAUUUGGAGCUGUUGAUACGAAUCAUGAGGAUAUUGCAAUGACACGGUCGGAGAAUUCUUCCUAUAUACCUGCACCUCUUAACUUUACCAAUCACAGCCCGACGGUUUUAGAUGAGCUUCUCUCGACGCCCAAUGAAGAAAAAGAAGUGUUUAGAAGUCAUUAUUCAGACUCAGAAUUAGAAGAGAAAUCAAUCAAAAAGCCACCUUUGAAAUUAUGCUCGAACUCGACAAGUUAUUUGAGUCCAUUAAAAUCAGCUUCAACAACUGCGGUGAUGAACACUUUUGACUCCUCUGUAGGUAAGUUCGCCGUGUCUUUUAAAGGUAAUGAUAUGAACAAUCAAGGCGAAAUUUCGGUGUUAGAUGAGCUUUUAGAAAGUAGUAUUUUGCCAAACCAUAAGAUCUCUUCGCCUGAUCAUCAAGGUACGAGCUAUUCAGUCCUAGACGACCUCAUGUCCGGAUGUUAACUUGGUGAAUUUCUUAAGGGUGUCUUUUUUAUAGUAGCUUUUUAUAGUGGCUCUCACGCCACGCUUUCUCAAAUUUUCUGAAUUUAUAUUUUACAGCUUGUCGCAUGUUUUUAUUUUAAAAAAAGAAUACAUAUACUACGCAGGAGCAAUUUGUUCUUUACAAAAAAAAUCUCCUUAAAUAUUCUUAAUUUGUUGGAAAAAAUAAGAAUAUGUUCUCAGAUCUCCUCGUUUUACUGUCAAAAAAGGUUGAUGUCCUCAUCAAAGCUCUUCAAAUUUGACUCGAUAAAAAGGGUGGCAGCCUGCCUUAACUACUGAUGUUUUUUACUGAUGGUUUAGUCAUAAUUUUCGAAUUUUCAUUUUUGGUGUAUAUUUAAUAAUUAUGUAAAUAUGUGUAAUAUAAAUUUUAAUAUUUAUGUAUAUAUAUAUGUAUAUAUUUUAUAUUAGAAUUUUACAGUUUUAUCUAUUGUGUAGUGUGUUUUUGUAUUGCUAUUUUUUGUGGUUCUCAGCUCUAGUGGAAACAGGGCUUU